GGAGUUAAAGCCUAAUAUUCGACAAACACAAUGCUGUCCCAAAUUUUAUUGUCAAGAAUGUAUUCAAAAUAUGGAAAACAGUUCCAUUUGUACAAUUUGCAAACAACGCACUAGCUUCAAGGAAUGUCCUCAAAUAUCUCGUUUAAUUAAUUCUUCGCUUGGCAAUCUCGUGAAUACGUUUUAUGAUACGGUUCGCAAUUAUUUUUCACCAAGUAAUAAACCGAAUACAACCAACGAUGAUUUACCGCAUGAUUAUUCCGAUGCAGGUAUUUUUAAAAUUAAAGUAGUGAAUAUGCAUGAUAUAAAACUCGAUCUCUACGUUGAAGGAGAUGAAACAAUUGAAAUCCUCAAGCUCAAAAUCCAACAAAAAGAUGGCAUUCGUUCCGAGUAUCAGCGAUUAAUUUUCUUAGGCAAACAAUUAGAAAACCAUAACACCAUUUCAUUUUACAAGAUCAAACCAGAUUGCACUAUACAUCUUGUAAGUCGCUAUAAUGGUAGUUAA